AGAGAGAGAGAGACACACACACACACACAGAGAGAGAGAGAGAGAGAGAGAGAGAGAACCGUCGAUUAAUUGUAAAUAAAAUUUCAAGAAUUUUGGAGAUCUUGUGGAUGAAAAGAAUUGAUGACACAUAUUGAGGAAACAAAAUGGAAAUAGAAAAGCUAACGGCAUUUGCCUAGAAUCAGACCAUCAGGGCAUGGAGGUGUUUAAGAGUCAAAGUAUCCGGUCCACAAGUUUGGCGGCACAUACGUAAUAGAGUGCCAUGCAAAGCAUCCUACGCACUUGUAGCUUCCAUUUCCGUCUCGUUCUGUUGGUAUUGUCUCCUCUCUCACAUAUUGCAUGUCACUGGAAUCUUGUUCAGGUUCUUUGCGGACAGGGACACACCUCCUUUGGAGCUACCAUGUAGCCUUACCAACAAGUAGGACUCGAAUUUUAUGUAGGUCUUGGGUGUAGUCUCAUCUGGUGCCUAGUGGCACAUUUAACAAGGCCUUUUUCUCUGCCUGCCUAUGAUCGCAAGGCAUGGAUGUGUUUGUCCUGUAGUAUGGAGCUGAACCCCUGUUGCUGCUAAAAGGCACAAACAUUGAUCGUGUUAUCGAGUUUGCUAGUUCUUGUUAAAAAAAAUAGCAUCCAACGAGUCGUCUACGGCUUGUCUUUGUACGUGGAUAAAGAACAGUCGUUUUUGGGUCAUGUGCUGAAUCCUUGGGAUUCUCCACUUCCUGAUCGUGUUCUAUUGAUCAUGGAUGGGAGUUUCUUCGACGUUGCAUUGCUUCUGUAAAUCAGAUCGUAAGGUGAUGCUAGUUAUCAUCUGCUAUCCAUGUUGUUCCUCCGUAAAAGAUCAGGACAAAAUCACAGGCACCGUCGUCGUGUCCUUAUCAGACCCGCCACUCCUAUUGUUGAUUGACGACAUAGUGUUGCAUCUGACAAUUCUAAGAUGUCCAGCAUGGUACUGAACACAACCUAAUAGUGGAAUCAACAAGAGUCUUUGUACGUCCUUACCAAGAGCAUCUUUGCUUCGCUCAUAAGUUACCCACUCCAUGGUACAACUUUGCAACCCACCCUAUCUUUGCCAUGGAGGUGCCACGAGAGCAAAUCAAAGAGCAGGUCAUGAUCUGGGUGCGUGACGUAAGGGAGCUGUCCUACGACAUGGAAGACAUCGUCGACAUCUUCCUGGUGCGCGUCCAGGGCCCUGAGGCCCCUAGCAAAAGGAGCACCAAGAGGUUCAUGAAGAAGAUGAUGGAUAUUGUCACAAAGGCUGCAACUCAUCAUGAGAUCGGACAAGAGAUCAAGGACAUCAAGGAGCGUGUCAAGGAGGUGGCCGAGCGACGUGACAGAUACAAAGUAUUAAUCCUGCCAAAAUCUUUGUUGACCCUCGCAUAACAUCUUUGUACACUAAGACGGCUGACCUUAUCGGCAUUGAUGAGGCAAGGGAAGAACUAAUCACAAGGCUGACAAAAGGAGAUGACAUGUCCACACAACAAAGGAUAGUCUCUGUUGUUGGAUAUGGAGGAUUAGCAAGACAACGCUUGCCAAAGCAGUGUAUGACAAGCUUAAGGGAAAAUUUAAUUGCACAGCUUUUGUUCCGGUUGGCCGGAAUCCUGAUUUGAAGAAGGUUUUCAAGGACAUAUUAAUCAAGCUUGAGAAGCAACAAUACAUGGAUUUCAAUUUCACCAUAUUGGAUGAAAGGCAGCUCAUCUACGAACUCCGAGAUUUCCUU